UAUCUCUCACCGCCAACCUGUCUUCUCUGAAGGUUCCCAAAUCUUCCAAUCUUCUCGGUCAAAUCUCUCAGCGUUCUUCCUGCAUGGGCGUGCACUUGUUAGGACCACCUGCGUCCCUGGAUGUGCGCUUCGCCUCACCUUCCUCCAUAUAUCGUGUGUAUCAUUCUCCACUGUUCCUCCCUCCUCUCGCCUUCUCCUUUCUCGUCCUCUUCCUCGAAGUUCCCUCCGUCACAGCGUCCCCAUCUCCUUUUCCUUUUCCAAGUGGGGAUACCGCCGAGGCUAUGGCCCAAGCUAUUAGAGGUCAAGAAGAUGCAUUUGGACAAGCACAGCUCAUCAGAGAUGCUGCCGUCGAAAGCCGCUCUAGAGAAAGCAGCUCCUCACAGCUACUUGGUCAUGGAACACAUGAUCAGCUCUGUGAUGCCGUGCACGAGAACCUGUUGAACUCAGAUCCCGAGUUCAACGCAGUGGGGCAGAUCUCCACCUUGUCCCUGCAAGAGAAAGGAAGGUCCCAAGGCACCUCAAGCUCUGCCAGAGUCUGAGUUCCCGUUGCAGAUGAUGAACCCAGGAUUUUGUAGCUGGCUUCCAAGUACCUACCAAACAGCCUGCUGCCAUGCAGCGCAUGUCUCGAGAGAACACAAUUAAUUUUAGUGUGGAUCACAUCACAUUACACGGUUUUGUUUCCUGUCAUGAUCAUGUCAUCAAGUUAUCACUGUGAUUAUUGGCUAAUCACCCAAGACAAGAUAAUGCUGCAAUCCCUGCGUGGUCCCUUGAUGUCGGCGCACAAGGGAAUAAAGAUGAACGCACUGAGGAGAUCGUCGUCAUCCAACUCCUGCAAAUGUCGCAGGAUUGGAUUCAAUUCCAAUCUUCAGGGAUGUUGACCGAAA